AUGGCUCUCGCAGCUCAACAGCAGACCCAGGGCAACUGGACUCGUUGGCCUCAGCAGAUUCCACAAAGUUUUCCCAUUAUGAGCUCAUCUGAAUUCAUGCCAUAUGACCCUAGAGUCCAAGCUAGCAGUCAGAUGCAGCGCCAGAUGUCUUCCCAGUACCUGAUGGACUCGAAUUAUAACCAGCCCCCAAUGCCAACCGACUCGUCUCCUCAGUACCAACAUCCUAGCGCAUUUUCCUACAUGGCAUAUCAGAGUCCGCCGCCAUCAACACCACUUGGUUCUCCGUUCAAGACCGAAUUUCCCGAGCAUCAACUUGCUCGUUAUCAACCUUACUCUCCUAUAUCGAGGAGGGGAUCAGUUUCCUCGACUGCUACCAGGUCUUCUACGGGCCCCGGCACUCCCAGCUCUGCCGCUUCGAGUCCUGACUCUCUAAGCCCUGCCACUCCAGCCCCCUUGGUUGCGAGUCAAGUCAUCAACUCCAAGACCCUUAUUUAUAAUGAGACGAUUCGUCCAGCCGACAAAAUCGACUUCAGAACCGAAGUUGACGAGCUCAUGAAAGCCAUUCAGAAGACACAGACUACCGAUGAGUGUCAGCAAACUCUCACACCUGUGCAGACACCAAAAGCUGGUGCAUCGGAUGCCCCCGUACUCCGCACUCAAGGUGGGAAGCCUAAAAAGCUGUGGUUCUGUGACGGACCCAACUGUGGCAAAGCCUUUGUCCAGAAAACCCACCGCGAUAUUCAUCGGCGUACUCACACCGGCCAAAGGCCAUACGUCUGCGACAAGCCAAACUGUGGUCUUACUUUUUCGCAGCGCGGAAAUCUCAAAACUCACAUACGCCGUCAUACGGGCGAAAAGCCAUUCGCUUGUAAAAAAUGCGGCAAAUCCUUUGCUCAGAGAGGAAAUCUUCGCUCUCAUGAAGAGACUCAUAAGGGUCUCAAGCCGUUUAUUUGCCGACUUGACGAUUGCAAUAAAUCGUUUUCCCAGCUGGGCAACAUGAAGACUCACCAAAACAACUUUCACAAAUCAACGCUCCAAAAACUCACCCAGAUGUUUGCGCAAUUCUCUGAGAGUAGCGAGGUGCCUGACAACUACCACGACCUGUUCGAAUACUUUCAGCAGCACUACAAGAAUAGCAACAAAGGGAUAAAGGGCCGAGGCAAGACUCGCGCCGUGGCCGCUCGCGGGCCUCAAGAUGCUGCUUAUGGAAAUGCUAAGUCUCCGGUAACUACACAACCCAAGACUCCUGCUACAGUCCAGAUGGCUCAGAUGGUUAUGCCAGCUCAAGACCUAAGGAUGCCCCAUGGUAGACCUCCACCAUACGUCACACCUCAGGGAUCCGUCAGUACUUUGAACCUUGUGCUGCGCAAUCCCAUUGCGUCUUUUGAUCACUAUGGACCAACAUCUCCUCCGACCAUCUACGAGAUGGGUCUCUCCAAAUGGGGACCUGAAAACGCCUAUACCAAGAAUCAUUAA